AUGGACCGAGAUACGCUUAUACUUUCUGCUACGGCGGCAAAGACGUCCUUAAACUGGAAAGUGCCCAUCGAUUCCUCUAGAAGUGGCCGGAGUGGAUGGGCUCAUGGUGUCACAUACUUGAAAGAACUGGCUCUGGAUGCGAAUCUUUUCCUGGUUGAAACGACAAAUCUUACGGCCUCAGACCUUGGGUUCAUCAUGAUCAAGCCGAGGACAAUUCAUAUUCCACCGUGGCAAGCUACCUUGCCAUUCUCGAGUAUACCUUACCGGCGAUUUCUGACCCUUAUUAGGAUCGACCUUACAAAUGCUUCAUCAGAAAGUCGUGCCGUUCUGGUGGCCGUUAACUGGGCAUUGGUUCUUCAUUCGGUGAUUAUGCGAGACUUAAAACCAUCAUUGAUUUGA